AUGAAAGAACUUGGCGAGGUGAUAGUCACCGAAAUGACUUUGUCGUUUGGACGGCUCCUAGGAUGGCUCCGGGGACUAAAUGACACAGAAGAAUCUAGCAAGCAGAAUGCCUGUUUCACGCAGGGCUGUGAUGUUGGCGAGACUCCCAAGUCAACCAAGAGUCUCAGGGGAAGAAGUGCCAGUUUUGUCGUAAAUAAUGGAAGCCAGACCUGGAGGUCUCAACCCUACAAAGGGCAGGUUGGCAAGUGCCAUGGCUUGGCAGUGGUCUUGAGUGAUUGGGGAAGUAAGUGUGGCCUGUCCUCCAUCAAGUGCUGCUUGGAUGAGGAUCUGGAGCCCACCUGCUUUGAGAGAAGUAAUGACAUCGGGGGACUAUGGAAGUUUGCACAAUGUAGCUGCGAAACUUCUAAAGAUGGGAUGACCAGGGUCUACAGGUCAUUAGUGACAAACGUCUGCAAAGAGAUGUCAUGUUACAGCGACUUCCCCUUCCAAGAAGAUUAUCCAAAUUACAUGAACCAAGGAAAAUUUUGGGACUAUCUCCAAGAAUUUGCUGAGCACUUUGACCUUCUGAAAUACAUUCGGUUUAGGGUUGUACUAAAGCUAUACCCAGGCUCAGAGAAUCCAAUGGGAGAAGAAAAUGAUACGUGGCUUCUAUGUCCUGCAAUUAGCAGCAGGAGUAUUCAUAAAUUUAAAGGCCAGAUCCUGCACAGUCAGGAAUAUAAGAGCCCAGAAGGCUUUCAAGGCAAACGCGUGUUAGUGAUCGGUCUUGGGAACACUGGAGGGGACGUGGCAGUGGAACUCAGUCGAACGGCAGCUCAGGUACUUCUCAGUACUAGAACUGGUGCCUGGGUUAUCCACCGCUGUUCUAAUGGGGGUUACCCCUAUAAUAUGGUGAUUACAAGAAGAUACCUUAAUUUUAUGGCGCAAGUUCUGCCCUCGUGUGUACUAAACUGGAUUCAAGAGAGGCAAAUGAAUAAAAGAUUUAACCAUGAGAAUUAUGGACUAAGUAUUACAAAGGGGAGAAAACCAAAAUUCAUUGUGAAUGAUGAGCUGCCAAUCUGUAUCCUCUGUGGGACGGUCACUAUGAAAACCAGCGUGAAGGAGUUCACGGAAACCUCUGCUGUCUUUGAGGACGGAACAGUGGAGGAAAACCUCGACGUUGUGAUCUUUACAACAGGAUACACAUUUUCUUUUCCCUUCCUUGAAGAGCCUCUCAAAAGCCUUUGUACAAAGAAGAUAUUCCUGUAUAAGCAGGUCUUUCCUUCAAACCUGGAGAGGGCAACGUUAGCUAUCAUUGGCCUCAUCAGCCUUAAAGGAUCCAUCUUAUCAGGCACAGAGCUCCAGGCACGUUGGGCCACAAGAGUAUUCAAAGGACUCUGUAAGAUACCUCCGUCUCCAAAAUUGAUGGCUGAGGCUAUGAAAAAGGAGCAGCUCAUAGAAAGGGGUGUGAUGAAAGACAUCAGUAAAGAUAAACUUGAGUACAUCACCUACAUGGAUGACAUUGCCACAUGCAUAGGGACAAAGCCCAGUGUCCCAUUUCUGUUCCUCAAGGAUCCCAGACUCGCUUGGGAAGUUUUCUUUGGACCGUGUACUCCUUACCAGUACCGCCUAAAGGGACCUGGGAAAUGGGAUGGAGCCAGAAAUGCCAUCCUGACCCAAUGGGACAGGACACUGAAACCCUUAAAAACUCGAAUCGUCCCUGAUUCCACAAAGCCUGCCUCCAUGUCACAUUAUUUAAAAGUUUGGGGGGUACCUAUCCUACUUGCCUCUCUUCUGCUGAUCUGUAAAUCUUCACUUCUUCAGUUUGUGCAAGAAUUUCCUCUUACCAGUAAGUAUUUGGUGAGGAUGAAUCUGAUUGGUUACAAGGGUUGUCCCGAGCCAUAUUAA